UCUCGACGGCCCACUCCCUCACACCCCGCCAACCUCAGCCGCCGAUUCCGCCCCCCCUUGCCAAUUGGUCUCCCAUGGCUUCUCUUGCCGCGGCAUGUAGGGUGUCGGCACGCGCUGCGUCGCAGCAGCUGCGCAACCAUGGCGCGAGGCGAGCACUGCACGCUGGUCAGCCCUCGCUGGCUGCUCAGAACUUCAACAUGCCCGCGCUUUCUCCGACGAUGACCGAGGGCAACAUCGCGAACUGGAAGAUCAAGGAAGGUGACUCGUUCUCCGCCGGCGAUGUCCUACUCGAAAUCGAAACGGAUAAGGCUCAAAUGGACGUUGAAGCACAGGACGACGGUAUUCUCGCGAAGAUCAUCUUGGGCGACAACUCCAAGGCGGUUCAGGUUGGCCGUAGGAUUGCUGUGACCGCGGAGCCUGGUGACGACCUCAGUUCGCUCGAGAUCCCUCAAGAGAACGCCGCCCCCAAGAAGGCAGAGACUGCCCCGAAGCAGCCUAAAGAAGAGUCUAAGCCAGUUCCCAAAGAAGAGCGAACGUCAACACCGCCUCAGAAGUCUGGCAAGGUCUCCAGCGGCAAGGCCACCAAGCAAACGUACCCUCUCUACCCUUCAGUUGAGCAUCAGUUGAAGAUAAAUGGGCUAUCUAAGGCAGAUGCGGACAAGAUCCCAGCAACUGGACCUGGUGGAAGGCUGCUGAAGGGUGACGUGUUGGCGUACGUUGGCAAGAUUCAGGAAUCGUAUCCCUCAGAGCUGGCAGAGAUCUUUAAACAGCGCUCUCAUCUUGACCUGUCAAACAUCAAGGUCAUGCCCAAGAAGGAGGCGCCCGCAAAGAAGCCCGCAGCAGCGACUGAAACACCCAAGGUCGUGCAAGACCUUCCUGUUGAGAUCGCCCUUCCCAUCUCCCUCACAGCUGUCACUCAGUGCCAGAAGCGCGUCAAGGACUCUAUUGGCGUGUUCCUGCCUCUGACUACUUUCAUCGCCCGCGCCGCGGAGCUUGCAAACGAGGACCUGCCCAGGUCAAAGACCGCCAAGCCUACCGCGGACGAGCUGUUCAACGCUGUCCUUGGUCUUGACAAGGUCUCAGGAAGGGCUUUCUCGCGUGGUAAUUUUGUUCCUCAGAUGGUUUCGCUGCCUCCCACAGCCGUAAGCACGCGACCGUCAAGCGUCAAGAAGCCCGAUGUCUUCGACUUCCUCACAAGCAAGCAGCCAACAACUCGUCGUGUGAAGCCAGUCGUUGGGGCGGAGAAUACCAUUGGACCCCUGAAUGUGUUCAGCGUCAGCGUGCCCAAGGGCGACGAGAAGCGAGGGCGCGUUUUUUUGGAGCGUGUGAAGGCUGUUUUGGAGGCUGAACCUGGCAGGCUGGUUGUCUGAUUUUACACUCGAAUACACCGCGUUGUAUCAUACUGCAUCUCACUACCAUUUAGACUGGCAAGAGUCGACAUAGACACGCCUUGAAAUGUAUUCAUGUAUCCUUUCUUAGCAACUGCAUUGCGCGUCCCCUUCGGGUAAUUAUUACCAUUGCGCUAGCCGUCCUGCUCCGAUCGCGCCCGCGAGUUCGCAAUGCAAGCCCCAC